UAACCAUAACGGAGAGCUGGCACUAGGGACUGGGUCGAGAUGUUGCUGAUUGAUCUGGUCUGGGCUGGAUGCGGGGGCGUGGAUGCAGCGACAGGCACAGCACUAUAACAAACUGGGCAGUGCUGACUUGCGCUGCAUUCAAGCUUCUGUAAAGAGACCUUGACUAAAUUAAUAGUGGAGACUGGCACUAGAGACUGGGUCAGAUUGCUGCCGGUAGUUUUGUUUAAGGCUUGCAACUUUUUAUUAAUUUGGCUAAGGCUUUGCUUAAAUGCUCACCUCCCAGGAUUUUAAAAAAAAACUUUUGGAAGAAGCAGUCCCUGACUCUACUCUUCGAUCUCUUUGCCAUGGAGCCGGCGCCUGAGACACGGGGCCUUGAGGGACCGGGAAGCUCUGCCUUCCCCUGCUACUUGUCGCCUGACCUUCGGCCCUCAGAGGAAGGCGCUGGGACCUGGCAUCUACAGCAGCUGGACACCCCACGCGUCUUUGGGGCCCCCUUGGCCACCACCGUGCCCCCCCGCAGCCCUCUCCUUGAGGAGCCCUCCCCGGCUGGCUCCUCGCAUAGGGACAGCCAGGAGUAUCAGCUGAGGCGGGAGCGCAACUCCAUCGCCGUGCGCAAGAGCAGGGACAGGGCCAAACACAUUCGGGAGCUGCAAGAGAAGGUGUUGGAGUACAGGCUGGAGAACGAGCGGCUGCGCGAAUGCGUGAAGCAGCUCACAGAGGAGCUGGCCGUCCUGCGCAGCCACUUGGGAGUUACCGUACAGAUUUGGGAUACUGUCAUUGCUAAGAGAGUACCGCUGACCCAGCAGUACCAAAGUUAAAAGUUAAGGACAUAAGAGAAAAGAGUAUCGUUGGUAAGAAGGGCUAAAGAGAAAAGAGCUUUUUAUAUAAGGAAAGGACAUGGUUUGUAAAUCCGGAUGGCUAGUUUACUCUAGACUGGAAUGAAAAUGGUAAAAUGUUUACAGUAAGUCGAAGAGGGUGUGUGAAAGUCGAAGAGGGUGUGUGAAAGUCACAAAAAGUAUUUGGGCCAAUUCAGCUGGACAGGCACCAGGUAUCAACCCAAAUUUGUAUGACUUCUUCAGGGAAAAUUUUGAUGCCUUUACACAAUUUUUAUAUAACACUACAUUU